AUGUCCCAAACUGGUGUAUCAAAUGUAGUGCCUCAAGUGUUGGAACGCGAAGCUUCAGUGGAGCCAGACAAAGAAUGGACACAUCCCUCCGGGGUAAUCCUCGCCUAUCAUCAGGGGAGGAUCGCUGCUCCCCCUGACCGAUGGCGACAGCCCGUGAUGUCAUAUGUGAGUGGAAUUUCGAGACCGAGAUUGAUACAGAUACCCAGUACAUUGAUUAAUGCAAUUAUCCUGGAACAUUCCAGCCCCAACGCUAAUCGGCUUCGAAACGUGGCAUGCACGUGUCUUAUGCUGCUCUUUGCGAAACUCUAUUUCCGAGCUUAUGGUGCCACCUGUGCAGCAGCGGCUACUCCUUUACUGUCGCCGAUAAGAAGGGGCAGUCUUUUCAACUCCGCAGCUGAGUUUCUUGGCAGGAGCUUACCUGGUCCCGUCAGUGCUGCUGCGAACUGCGAUCCGGCGAUAUUUCUUCAUUGUCAGGUGACUCUAGCACACCCUAACAUGAGAGUAGGACCGAUGAUGGCUACAAAUGUUAACAUACUUCGUAUGACACUGUAG